AUGGUUUCUGCCGGGUUUCAAAUCCUGGGCUCGGCCCUGGGGCUCAUCGGCUGGAUCGGGGCCAUCGUUGUGUGUGCUCUUCCCAUGUGGAAGGUGACUGCUUUCAUCGGCGCCAGCAUCGUCACUUCGCAGACCAGCUGGGAAGGUAUUUGGAUGACCUGUGUGCACCAGAGCACAGGACAGAUGCAGUGUAAGGUCUACGACUCCAUGCUGGCCCUCAGCUCCGACCUGCAGGCUGCCAGGGCCCUGACCAUCCUCUCCAUCGUGGUGGGAGUGUUGGCCAUCCUCCUCUCUGUCGCUGGGGGGCAGUGCACCAACUGUGUGACUGAUGAGACAUCCAAGGCCAAGGUGGGCAUUGCCGCUGGGGUCAUGUUCAUUGCAGCUGGGGUCCUCUGCCUCAUCCCUGUGUGCUGGACGGCCCACACCAUCAUCCGAAACUUCUACAACCCGCUAUUGAUGAGCGCCCAGAAGAGAGACAUCAUCACGUGCGCCCUGCCCAUGUGGAGAGUCACUGCAUUCGUCGGGGCCAACAUCGUCACGGCCCAGGUGAUCUGGGAAGGCUUGUGGAUGACCUGCGUGGUGCAGAGCACGGGCCAGAUGCAGUGUAAGGUGUACGACUCCAUGCUGGCCCUGCCGCAAGACCUGCAGGCUGCCAGGGCCAUGGUGAUCAUCGCUGUGAUGGUCGGCGUUUUCGGCGUCCUCAUGGCGGUGGUUGGAGGGAAGUGCACAAACUGCAUGGAGGACGAGACGGCCAAAGCCAAAGCCUGCAUUGUGUCUGGUGUGGUCUUCAUCAUAGCCGCCAUGCUGGUCAUGAUCCCGGUGUCGUGGUCGGCUCAUGCAGUGAUCAGGGACUUUUAUAACCCGCUGGUGAUCGCGGCUCAGAGGAGGGAGCUCGGAGCCGGCCUUUAUAUCGGCUGGGGCUCUGCUGGGCUGCUGCUGCUGGGGGGGGGCCUGCUGUGCAACAACUGCCCCCCACAAGACGGGAGACCCUACAUCCCGGCCAAGUUCACUCCUGUGAGAACCGUAGCUUCUAACGUGGACUAUGUGUGUCGUGGAUUUGGGCGGCGAGUACUUUGCUCCGCUGUAGCGGUCUCCACCCGACGGGCACUGACAGCAGAGCAGAGCGCCACCGACCAGCAACAGUCCCGAAGCUCCCCAGCCCACGUAGAGGCAAGCACCCAGCUCUCUCCUCUGGGCAUCGGGGACCAGGGGGUUGUAGAAGUCCUUAAUGACGGUGUUAGCAGGCAGAGACACGGUGGUGCACUUCCCGCCAACCACGGAGAGCAGGAUGCCAAACAGCGAGAAGAGGAUGGCGAUGACCACCAUGGCCCGGGCUGCCUGGAGGUCAGGGGGCAGGGCCAGCAGGGAGUCGUAGACCUUGCACUGCAUCUGGCCCGUGCUCUGCACCACGCAGGUCAUCCACAGGCCCUCCCAGAUGUUUGGAUCAUUUUGAACAGCCAAUCAGGGAACACCAUGGUCACCAGGUAUAAAAGCUGCAGGAGGGAAGCCACCAUUUGUAUUUCAUUGCUCGGCUGCCACACUGCUUCUUUGCAACUUGAGACUAACAUGGCGUCUGCAGGUCUUGAGAUCCUUGGCGUGUUCCUGGCCACCAUCGGGUUUUUGGGCACCAUCAUCAUCUGCGCGCUGCCGAUGUGGAAGGUGUCGGCGUUCAUCGGGAACAACAUCGUGACGGCGCAGGUCUUCUGGGAGGGCCUGUGGAUGAACUGUGUGAAGCAGAGCACGGGCCAGAUGCAGUGCAAGGUCUACGACUCCAUGCUGGCCCUGCCCCGAGACCUGCAGGCCGCCCGGGCCCUGAUCGUCAUCUCCAUCCUGAUCUCCCUCAUGGGACUCCUGCUCGCCGUCGCAGGCGGAAAGUGCACCAACUGUCUUGAAGAUGAGCUCGCCAAGAGCAGGGUGGCCAUCGCUGCCGGGGUGUUCUUCAUCGCCGGUGGUGCCCUGUGCCUGAUCCCCGUGUCGUGGUCUGCCAACGAGGUCAUCAGGAACUUCUACAACCCCAUCAUGAACGACGCGCAGAGGAGGGAGCUGGGAGCGUCGCUGUUCAUCGGCUGGGGCUCCGCUGGCCUCCUUCUCAUCGGGGGGGCGCUUCUGUGCUGUCAGUGUCCGCAGCGCAAGGACGACAAAUACUCAGCGAAGUACUCAGCCCCACGCUCAGCAGCUAGUGGAGGAGCCUACGUUUGA